CUGAGAGUCGACGGACUGCUUCCGGGAUUCCGAUGUCGGCCUAGCAGGCGAGCUAACGAGUUUGCUAGCGGCUAACUCAAGGAGGACCGUAACGACCCACACCCUACCAGGCAAGACAGCUCGCAUGCUCGGUAUCAGGGGCAUCCAACAGCUGAUCCAGAGAUCCAGUGGGUAGAAGAGGAAAGGGGGACGAAGAGGGAAAAAAAGGACUAAAAUGCAUCAGACUGCGUAACACCACUGUUGCUUUGUUUAAGAGAUGCAAAAUGGGAAAGGAGGUCUAUCUGCAAAGAAUUUGGAGGCGGGAGAGGUCUCUACACCCAGACCCGGCAGAGUGCGGUGACACCUCGAUGACAUGCGCAGGGCUUCUUUUUGGAAUGAGUUGAUUUUAUCCCCGUUUUGACACAAAGACUAAAGGCAGGGGUCUCACAAGACCCAGGGGACUCUGCUUGGGUAUUUUACUUGUAAAGGCAAGGCUACACAUCAUUUUUUUAAAAACAUUUUUUAUCAGCUUUUUGAAAAAUGUAUUCCGCCUGGACUUUAGUUUGCUGUUAAGCAGCUUCCUGCAACUGGUUAGAAAGUGAAUUUGUUUGUUUAGUUGUUUUUUCCCUGCUGACUAAGUUUGAAACGCUGGAACUGUCCCUCCUGCCGCCAUCCUCAGUUUCUUCCACCCACCCAGUGCCUAAAUAAGCUCUCUCGGGACAAUCACAGAAGUUAUCAGCAGCUGCUGCGCUCAAUCCUCUGCCUGUUCUCCUCUAUGUGCUUCUGCUCUUGGCCUGCUGGCUAUCCACCCACUACCUCUUUAAUUUUCUGGUCUUUUUGUUUUUAUAUUCAUUUUCUCUGAGAGGCAUAAUCAGAACUCAAGCACAGUGACGAGCAUUAAUGUUAACACUGAGUUUCAGGAGUGGAGAGGAACCUUGAUUGCUCCAGUUUUAGUUGUGAGAGCGUGUGAGUGUCUGUGCUUUGCAGGCACAGGAGUGUUAAGGUUUCCAUUGGUGCCCGGGAUCAGUAAGAUUAGAUUUAUUUAUAUUGUUGCACCAAAUACAGUUACAUCAAAGCCAUACAAAAAUAUUUAUGAAUUACCUACACAUAUUUUUGUAUCACAUUGCUCCUGUAUAGUUUUGCUUUUAUAAGCCUCUAUUAAGAUUAUGCACACAAAUUAAAUAUUUACUGCAAGCUGGGCACAUGCAAGUAAAGCUGAAUAUUGCUAAAUAUGAAAAAAAUCUUUUGAGUGAUUAUAUUAGUGCCAGGAGACAUAUAGUGUCUGGACAAAGAGACUCCCUCAUGUUUCUAUUUAUUUGCUGCUUUGCAUAGUGUUUUCUUUUCCAAUCUUCAGUCAUGGCCCCUCCUCCCAAACAAACCCCAUACUCACUAUUUUGACCUGUAAAACACCCUUCACGGUAGGUAGACAAUAGAUAUCUACCUCUCUCUGUCUUCCUCCUCUCUCCCUCUCUCCGUCUCUGAUGCCGGGUUUCAGUGGUGGGGGGGUUGGUGGAGGAGUGGGUGUCCCUGCUUCUGCUCCUCCCCGUCCGUUCCGACCCAGCCGAUAUGUCCCGGUGUCUGCAGCCACCACUUUCCUUGUUGGAUCUACCACCCUCUUCUUCUGCUUCACGUGUCCAUGGUUAUCAGAGUAUCUAUCCUCUGUCAUUCCCAUCUACAUAGCUGUGAUCUUCCUCUUCACCCUCGCCAACUUCUGUAUGGCCACUUUCAUGGACCCUGGAGUUUUCCCCAGAGCCGAGGAGGAUGAAGACAAAGAGGAUGAUUUCCGCGCUCCUCUCUAUAAGACGGUGGAGAUCAAAGGGAUCCAGGUGCGCAUGAAGUGGUGCUCGACCUGCCGCUUCUACCGCCCACCGCGCUGCUCACACUGCUCAGUCUGCGACAACUGUGUGGAGGAUUUUGAUCACCACUGCCCAUGGGUGAACAACUGCAUCGGUCGGAGAAAUUAUCGCUAUUUCUUCCUCUUCCUGCUGUCACUUACCACCCACAUCAUGAACGUGUUUGGCUUUGGCUUGGUUUAUGUCCUGCACCACCGCCAGCAGCUGGACACGCCACACGCUGCUGUUACUAUGGCUGUAAUGUGUGUGGCUGGUCUGUUUUUUGUCCCAGUCGCUGGCCUGACUGGGUUCCACAUGGUGUUGGUGGCCCGUGGUAGAACCACAAACGAACAGGUGACCGGGAAGUUUCGAGGAGGUGUUAACCCUUUCACCAAUGGCUGCGUGAGGAAUAUUUCUCAUGUGCUCUGCAGCUCCCAGGCCCCCAGAUACAUGGGCCGGUGGCGGAGCUCUCAAGCAGUUGAUGUACAGCCACCCUUUCUUAGACCGCAUCUGACUGAGGCCCAACUAGAAGCCAAGGUCCUGGACAACGGCAUCCAGAAUGACCGACACAGCACCAGGUCCAAGAGCAGUCUAGAUCAGAUGGAGAGCCAGUCAGCUGAUGCAGAGCCUCCACCUCCUCCAAAGCCAGAGCUUCGUUACCCCGGCCUGCCCCGUGCUGACACGGAGGAGAGCAGCUUAUUGACUGAAGCUCCACCUACACCAUCAAUGUACAAGUACAGACCAGCCUACAACAGCCCAGGAAGGAACCACACUGCCCUCACACACCCCAACAAGAUGAUCCGUGGGGAGAGUCUCGAUUCCCCAUCUCCCUCCAUCCUGCAGUCCAGCCGUCAGCCAAGCUACCGGUCGGAGCCGAGCAGCCUGGACGGGACCACAGUGGUGGGGGGAGGUGUAGGGGCGCGCAGAGGGGGAGGGGAGAGGGGAGAGGGCCCCGGAGGCCCUGGCGGGACUGCUGGGAUGAUGCCAGGGGGGAUGUCAGGUUACUCCCUGACUGGGCGCUCCUACACCUCCUACCCAUCCUCUCUGGUUCUGUCCACUGGCGGCUCUCGCUCCUCCAGCCUGCGCUCAGCGCACACAGCACAUAACCCACUGGCGACGCUCCAAUCAGAGGGCACCACAGACACCAGCUACAAAAGCCUGGCCAAUCAAACGCCUCGGAAUGGCAGCCUGUCCUAUGACAGCCUUCUGACACCAUCCGAGAGCCCAGAGUUCGAGUCAGCCGCUCACGAGCUGUCACCGCAGAAGCCUCGCGCUCCGUUUCCCUCAGCGACUGUCACAGGCCAGCCUGAGGUGGUGUCACCCAGUAGCCCGCUGCAGGGCUACACGUCGCCCUUCCUCUCAGCUCAGAUCGCCCAGCAGAGGGAGGGGCAGCUGCUCCAGGGCUCUGCCACUUUCUCCUCCCCCCACAGGGCCUACCUGCGUGCUGUCAGCCCGCCCCCUCCCUCCUCUGGGCCUCCUGAGAUCCAGCACCUGCUCCACCAUAACCAGGACUCCAGAGUCCCUCGUAACCUUUCCUCCUCAUCCUCUUCACCGGGGGCUCGAUCACCCCCUGUCUCCCCGCCCCCUCGCGGCCUCUCCCUCGGCAAGUCCCAGUCUUACAUCGGGGAGGCGGGGCCUCAGCACAAGCCUCGGCCUGCAGGAGGAGGCAUUGUGCUGGGAGGGGGAGGAGCCGGAGGGCAACAGGCUCAACACCCUCCUCUUCCUCCCUGAUCUGUGUGAGUCUUCCUUUUCCUCCUCCACGGUUUACAGUCAGUCUCUGCUUGUUAAGUGUUCAACAGUUGGGAGUGUGUAUGGAAGUUUUAUUGCUUCAGUUGGUGGAUUGUGUGGAUGAUUAGUUUUAAAAGCAUGCCAGUGUGUGUUUAGCUCUGUGAAAGCAUGCCGAACCAAACUCCUGUAGCCUUUUCUGUCCUUGUCCUAUUCUUACUCACAAAGUUUAGCUACCAAAUGCCUUACAAGUUCAAUGGUAGAGAAACAUUUUGCUGUUUGUGCUUGUUUGUUGUUAUUUUUGAAGUAGAACCACUCACCUCCGCACCCAUUUAUCCUGUCCUCACCCCUCCCCCCAUCCACUCUUCCCCUCCCCUUCCUGAUGGCUGUCCAAUCAGAUCCGCCUCUCGCCCAAUCUUGGCCAAUCACACCACAUCCAAACCAGGAGGCGGAGUGAAGAAGGUGACAGGUGUCGGAGGGACCACUUACGAGAUAUCGGUUUGAGUGACAGACAUCCUUCGCGGUCUAUCACGAGGAGGGAGGAGGAAAAGUCACUGGACUACUUCCACUUGUCUCUGACCUGAGCUGGACAUUAUUCACGACUGCAGGCUCCUGAAAAAUGACUGUUUUCCGCUGCAAAGGACUAAAGGAGCAGGCCUGUCGGGUACUCACUUUAUGUUUUUAACGCCACUGGCCUCUCUUCCCUGCUAGCCUUUCAGAUUUGAACAAAGAGUAGAAGGGGACACUGGUUUAUUUUUCAAAGGAUAAAGUCGUCUCCAUUUAGCCACUUUGUGAGCCAUAGACUGAUGUGACUGUAUCAUCACAGCUGGGUACAGAUAUGUCUAUAGAACACGCAUAGCUAUUCAAUGAUUUGCUGUUUUAUUUGGUACAUUAGCACACAGAGUAUGUCCGACACUUAAGGAAAGGAUAGCCUUUAUCCAGUGGAAUUUAAAGAG